UUCUCCCCGUUAGGUUUUCAUUAAUAAAAAAACGAACGUGAUCUCCCUCUCCAAUAUAACCAGCACUCGCAUUCCUCAUUCUCUCAACAGAUCACAUAUUACAGAGAGAAGGCCAGAAACCCUUUUAGAGAUAGAGAGUUUGAAUGGAAGGGGAUAUAGGAAGGAGUGGAAAUAGCAGCAGGGGAAGCAAAAGCAGCAAGAAGUGGAAAAUAUGGCUGUUUAGGAGGUUAAAGUUGAAGGAAUCAUGGGGAUGGAGAUUAAAGUUUAUCGGUUCUGCUUUUAAGUGGAAAAGGCUUAACAUACAGCUUUCUUUUCUCGAUGAUUUGAUUUUCAAGCUCGUCUCUGUUUUAGAGGCUAUUGUCUUGGUUAUUACCCUGUGCUUCUUUUUUCUUUGUUGUGGGUGCCAUUUUUGACAUUAGCUUCUCUAAUGUUAUCUGGGAUCAUAUUUUCUGCUCUUGCUUUUUUUCCUUGCUAUGUAUAGUUUCUUAGAUCUUUGCGGAGGCUCUAGUAACUGUGAGGUUUGAAGUACUGCGCAAAGAAAAAAAAAACAUAGAAUUAUGUUUAUGGAAGCACUGUAUUUCUGUGGUUUUAUUGUUAAUGAAAGUUGUUCAUGAUUCGAGUUUGGCACAGGAUAAA